AUGUCGAUUAUAGCUAACCUAUUUGAAGAUCCUAGAAAAGAUCCUGUUGCCGCAUUUCUUCUACAAGUUUUUAUUACUCUCAUUCUGUCCAAAAUAUUCACUAAACUCUUGUCAUUUAUUCAUCAGCCGGCAGUCAUUGGUCAAAUUGUAGCUGGUAUUGUUCUUGGACCGAGUGUACUAGGUUUUGUGCCUGGCUUUAGUUCGUUUGUGUUCGAUACUCACACUAUUGCCUCUUUUCAAUUAGUUUCAUCGCUGGGUCUCAUCUUUUUCAUGUUUUAUCUCGGUCUAAAAAUGAACCCGAAUGAAAUUCGGCAAGGCUGGCAACGUACAUUACCCGUUGCUCUAGUCAGCAUUAUCGUGCCCGUAAGCAUUGGAUGUGUUACCAGUCUAUGGCUUUAUGCAAUGGUUCCACCUAAUGUUAGUAAGGCAUCAUUUAUUCUUUUUGUUGGUGAGAAAUUUCACAAUUUACUGAGUGUAUUGACAAUUAGCGUUGCAGCAAUCGAAGACAUAGUUGUUUGGGUGAUUCUGGCUGUGGCAACUGCUUUUAGUAAAGGAGGUCCAGCUAUACAAGGUCUCUACACUCUUCUACUAGCUUGCGCUUUUAUUCUUAUCAUGCUUGUUAUUGUUCGUCCAUUGCUGUCGCUUCUUCACGUUUACUAUCUUCGUAGAAAUGAUGAGUGCAACAUCUAUUUUAUUGUUGUCUGCCUAUUACUUCUUGUUAUCGCAUCGCUCGCUACUGAAGUCAUCAAUAUACAUGCAUUUUUUGGCGCAUUCAUUGCUGGUCUCGUUAUUCCUCGUCAUCAACAGAAAGGGACUAUACAUGAAUUUUUAGCAGUUCGUAUUGAAUUAUUUAUUAUUGAAUUUUUUCUACCUCUUUACUUCACAAAUUCUGGAUUGAAGACACAUUUGUAUAUGUUGAGCGCUGGUCGAGCAUGUGACAAGAAAAAAGAGUCAUGGUCUUUUGCUCUGACUGUUGGCAUUCUAAUGAAUACACGAGGUAUCGUUCAAUUGGCUGUACUCAAUAUUGGAGUUGAAUUGGGCGUUCUUUCACCUGUCAUCUUUGCUAUUUUCGUUGUAGCUGCUGUAAUUAUGACAUUUGCUACAUCACCACUAGUCUAUUUAUAUUUAGUCUAUACUAGGCAUAAACCUCCUAAAAAACAACAGUUUAUCGAAGUAAAAAAGAGUAAGAAUCCAGUACAGAAACGGUAUUAUCUCGAAACACAUUCAACCAACGAUCAACAAUUAAAGCCAUUUCGAAAAUUGCGUCUUGAAUUACCCUCACCAUUAUCAAAUAAUGCAAUUCCUAUUCAUGCGAGAAAUUUUCCGAAAUUUAUGAAUACCAAUAGAUAA